UAUAUCUGAUCUAAUAAACAGUGAGUGCUUCUUUGUUGUAUUCUUGUUUGAAUAUUCAUUCAUAUCCAUCACUUUGAUUUUGAUUUAAUUCACUCACUUUCUAUAUAUUUUACAUAUAUAUACUCUCAUUCUACAAACCCUAGAUCUUGAUCGAGCUGCUUCCUUAUGUAAACUGUCCAGAUCAUCACACUACUCCAAAGAUACAUUUGUAAUGGCUCUUUGUGAUUAGGGAGGGUACUUCUUGGUUGGGGGUUGAGGUUAAUUAGGGGUUUCACUGACAAGUGACAAGGGUGUUUAGAGAAAGUUUAGUAAAGAUGAUGUCCAGGUCGUAUACUAAUUUGUUGGAUUUGGCAUCUGGGAAUUUCCCGAUAAUGGGUCGGGAGAGGGAUAGGAAGCGGCUUUCCAGGGUAAUGACUGUGCCAGGGAGUAUUACAGAGCUUGAUGAUGAUCAGGCUAGUAGUGUUUGUUCGGAUAAUCCUUCUUCACUUGCUUCAGAUAGGAUGAUAAUUGUGGCAAAUAAGUUGCCUUUGAAGGCAAGGCGAAGACCGGAUAAUAAAGGGUGGAGUUUUAGCUGGGACGAAGACUCGUUGCUUUUUCGACUCAAGGAUGGUUUGCCUGAAGAUAUGGAAGUUCUGUAUGUUGGAUCAUUGAGUGUUGAUGUUCACCCAAUUGAGCAGGAUGAUGUUUCCCAAGUUUUGUUGGAGAGAUUUAAAUGUGCUGCUACUUUCCUUCCGCCUAAUCUGCUAGAGAAGUUUUAUGAUAUCUUCUGCAAGAGACAGCUCUGGCCUCUUUUUCACUAUAUGCUGCCAUUUUCUGCUGAUCAUGGGAGUCGCUUUGACCGUUCAAUGUGGGAAGCUUAUGUGUCAGCAAAUAAGCUAUUUUCCCAGAAAGUGAUUGAGGUGAUAAAUCCAGAGGAUGAUUUUGUUUGGAUACAUGAUUAUCAUCUAAUGGUACUUCCGACAUUCCUGAGGAGACGCUUUAAUCGUUUGAGAAUGGGAUUUUUCCUUCACAGUCCGUUUCCUUCAUCAGAGAUUUACAGGACCCUUCCUGUUAGAGAAGAAAUAUUAAAAGCCCUACUCAACUCUGAUCUUAUUGGUUUUCAUACUUUUGAUUAUGCGAGACAUUUUCUUUCAUGUUGUAGUCGGAUGUUAGGUUUGGAGUACCAAUCAAAGAGGGGAUACAUAGGUUUAGAAUAUUUUGGGAGGACUGUCGGAAUAAAGAUUAUGCCUGUUGGGAUUCAUAUGGGUCAGAUUGAGUCGGUGAUGAGGCUUGCUGAUAAAGAGUGGAGGGUUGGGGAGCUGAAGCAGAGAUUUGAAGGGAAGUCAGUGUUACUAGGAGUUGAUGAUAUGGAUGUCUUUAAAGGUAUUAACUUGAAACUUUUAGCAAUGGAACAGAUGCUGAAGCAGCACCCUGACUGGCAAGGAAGAGCUGUGCUUGUACAAAUUGUAAACCCUGCAAGAGGUAAAGGAAUUGAUUUGGAGCAAACACGGGCUGAAAUACUGGAAAGCUGCAAGAGAAUUAAUGCAAAAUUUGGGAAGCCUGGAUACGAACCCAUAGUAUUUAUCGACAAACCUUUAUCGAUGAGCGAAAAGAUUUCCUAUUUCAGUAUAGCAGAAUGUGUGGUUGUUACAGCAGUUCGAGAUGGGAUGAAUUUAACUCCAUACGAAUAUAUUGUGUGUAGACAAGGAAUAUCUGGUGCAGAAGCGUCCUCAGAUCUAAAUGGACCAAAGAAGAGCAUGUUGGUUGUGUCAGAAUUCAUAGGGUGUUCUCCUUCCCUGAGUGGAGCAAUCCGUGUUAACCCAUGGAAUGUUGAAGCAACUGCCGAGGCAAUGAACGAGGCUAUAUCAAUGGAUGAAGGAGAGAAACAAUUACGACAUGAAAAGCAUUAUCGUUAUGUCAGCUCACAUGAUGUAGCUUAUUGGUCACGUAGUUUCUUGCAAGAUAUGGAGAGAACUUGCGCUGAUCAUUUCAAGAAAAGGUGUUGGGGAAUUGGUUUGGGCUUCGGGUUUAGGGUUGUAUCACUAGAUCCCAAUUUUAGAAAGCUCUCUAUAGAUGAUAUUGUGUCAUCUUACAUCAAGUCUAAGCGAAGGGCCAUUCUGUUAGAUUAUGACGGUACUGUGAUGCCCCAAAAUAGCCUCAUAAAAUCUCCCAGUAGUGAGGUUUUCUCAAUUUUGAAUAGACUUUGUGGGGAUCCAAACAAUACAGUUUUUAUUGUCAGUGGGCGAGGGAGGGACAGCUUAAGUCGUAUUUUUUCUUCCUGCAAGAAGCUUGGAAUUGCGGCAGAACAUGGCUAUUUCAUGAGGCAGUCAAUUGAUGAAGAAUGGGAAGUUUGUGGUCAAAGUACUGAAUUUGGUUGGAUGGAGAUGGCUAAACCUGUGAUGAAAUUAUAUACUGAGGCAACAGACGGUUCUUCUAUCGAAACAAAAGAAAGUGCUCUUGUAUGGCAAUACAGGGAUGCAGACCCAGGGUUUGGAUUUUCUCAAGCAAAGGAGAUGUUAGAUCAUCUAGAGAGUGUUUUAGCAAAUGAACCUGUUGCUGUGAGGAGUGGUCAAUUCAUCGUAGAAGUCAAACCCCAGGGAGUCAGCAAAGGCCUAGUUGCGGAAAAGAUCUUCACUUCAAUGGCUGAAAAAGGGAAGCAGGCUGAUUUUGUGCUUUGCAUUGGUGAUGAUAGAUCUGAUGAGGACAUGUUUGAAAUCAUUGGCAGUGCAAUAUCAGCAAAUAUUCUUUCUUCCAACACUUCUGUGUUUGCCUGCACAGUUGGACAAAAGCCUAGCAAAGCGAAAUAUUAUCUUGACGACUCAAGUGAGGUCAUAUUAAUGCUUGAAAAUCUUGCCGAAGCUACUGAUUCUCCAGCUUCCUCUGAUGCAGAGAAUGACAUAUCUCCUUGAAAUCUAUGAUUUGGUUUGUUCUUUUAUUCACUUUGGUUCCCUUCUCCACUGGAACUUAUAUAUUUCGGAUCUGCUGGUGGCAUGUUCUUUUGUUGGGCGCUCAUUUUAGGUUUUAAGUUCAGAACUAGUAGUUUAACUUUGAUUUCCUUUUCGUUGCUUUUCGGUAUACUUGGCCUGUUUUGGCAAAUUUAGUUUCUGAUGGGUGAAGGAGAACAGAAGGUUAGAUACUGCUUGCUUUUAUACCUCCUUGAACAAGUCUUGAGAAAUGGAUAGUGUCUUGAUUGA